AUGAACCAAAUCCAAAAAGACAGGUUGUUACCCACGUACCACCGCCCUCUCACCCCAAGACUGAGAGAACAUCCAGGACCAAACCAGAGAACCAGAGAACAACAUAACCAGAGAACCAGAGAAGCAGAGAACCAGAGAACCAGAGAGCCAGAGAACCAGAGAACCAGAGAACCAGAGAAGCAGAGAAGCAGAGAACCAGAGAAUCAGAGAAGCAGAGAACCAGAGAACCAGAGAACCAGAGAGGCAGAGAACCAGAGAACCAGAGAACCAGAGAAGCAGAGAAGCAGAGAAGCAGAGAAUCAGAGAAGCAGAGAACCAGAGAACCAGAGAACCAGAGAAGCAGAGAACCAGAGAGCCAGAGAACCAGAGAACCAGAGAGCCAGAGAACCAGAGAACCAGAGAACCAGAGAACCAGAGAACCUUCUCAAGCAGAGGGCAGUACACAGUAACAGCUCUCAUCUUAAAGGAACAGGAGUAUUAAGCGAGCUUACUCUGCGGCCUCCCGGCUGA